CGACGCGAGCAUUGUAACGGAUCGCAGGUCACGGACGCUUGGAUUAACGGUACUAUUGCUCCCAGUGUCAUCUGUGUGUGAGUGUGCGUGUGUGUGACCGGUCAACAACAAAAAAAUAUAUACAAAUAAAAAAACUCCACCCACUAAACCCCCAAAAAACGCCACUCGCGCAUGAGUGGUUUGAAAAGUGCACAAGUGUAACAGUUGAGAAUUUGAAAAAAAUAUAUUUCGAAAUGAUAUCAAACGAAAUAUGAUCGAAAACAGCUGAUAAACAGCCAACAAAACAGCAGUAAAACCAAAAAAAGUGAUCUAGAUAAAAGUGUUCUAAUUAAUCGGUCUUUUAGGAAGGAAGGAAGAUCUUAAUCACUCAAAAGAGUCACAAAAUUAAUCAAACGGAGCACAGUCACAGAAGAGAGUCAAAACGAAAAUCAGACAGAAAUCAACAACCAACAUGUUUGGCCCUCUCAAUUUGCUGGCCGCUCUGUUUUUCAUCGGCACACUGAAAGAUUUCAGCGUUGCUGGCCUGAAACUGACCGAGGUUCGCAUUCCGAAGUACGUAAUUAAGGACUCCCCGGCGCAGUUGGAGUGCCUGUACGAUCUGGACGGCGAGGCCCUCUACUCCGUGAAAUGGUACAAGGAUGGCAACGAGUUCUACCGCUAUGUGCCGAGGGACAUGCCGCCCGCCCAGACCUUCCUUUUGCCCGGUGUUAUCGUGGAUUUGCACAACUCGAGCGACGCAAUUGUUACGCUGCGUAACGUCAAUCUGCAGUCGGCGGGCCGCUUCCGGUGCGAGGUUUCUGGCGAAGCGCCCUCUUUCCAAACGGUCACCGAGCACGGCGACAUGAUUGUUGUGUUUCUGCCCGAUCAAGGAGCACCAAAAAUCAGUGGCGGACGACCGCGUUACCAGGUUGGAGAUUAUGUAAAGGUCAAUUGCACCGCCGGACGAUCGAAACCCGCCGUAAACCUAUCCUGGCAAGUGAAUGGAGAGCCCGCUGACCUGCAGAAGCUGCGCAAAUACAACACCAUCGUUUCGGGACGCGACGGUCUGGAGACCUCUGUACUGGGCCUACAAUUCCGAGUGGAACAGAAACACUUCCGCAAUGGCGACAUGAAACUUAAGUGCAUAGCCGAGUUGUCGACCUUGUAUUGGCGGAGCAACGAGGAGUCCGUGGAGGGCGACCGGCCGCAGAAGGCGCCAGCGCUCGAGUCCCGGGAAACGGCCUAUGCCAGCAACUCGCGCGCCGAUCCCGUCCAAGGUACGUCUUACCGGGAACUAUUUGUGACCAAAAUCUUAUCGCUCUUGUUCGUCCACCCCAAUGCAGCCAGUUCCACGGCUCCGCCGCCCUCCACAGCAUCACCGCUCGUCCUGCUCCUGGUGUCGCUGGCGGUGGUGGUGGCAUUGGCAUCGAACCUGGCGCAGGGGAUCGCCAAGGACAUGAAUGUGGAUAAGAUAUCGAUGGAUCGGACUGCUCCCGCUGGGAUGGCGAACGGUGGAGCUCCGGAGGCGAGUGAGUUGCUGGCUGGCCGCGAGGAGGAAAAGCGCAGUGCGAGAGCCGGAAAAUCCGCGACGCUGCUGGGGAAAAUGGCAUUGAGUGCACGGUAGCUGCAUUAAGCCACUAAGGCGGCUCUUUCCCUCCACAACACACACUUUUCACCGAUUUUUCCGUCUUCGCUUUGCAUAGAAAAAGAAACAAAGAAACACACUGAAAAUUAAAAACAGAGAAUGCAAAAAAAUAUAAAAAUCCAAGAAAAACGAAAGAAAUGAAGAUAAUUUGUUUAUGCCGUUAACAAAAGCUUUCAUGAAUUUAAUUUGUAUCAAAAAACCAAAACUAUCUAGGGCAUAAAUUACAAUUACUUAAAACUUUAUUGUGUGCGGUCGUGAAAAAUUGUAUGUGAAAAAGCGUGCAAAUGUUUUAACUCUCUUCGGAAAUGUUAAGACCCGUGUCGAAAGAAAACAAACCAAUUGUAAAUAGUUAAUGUUAAAUAUAUAUUUAUGUAACUGUAUUGUAUGUUAAUAAUUGUUAAGCUCACUCACGCAAAAACAGAAUUUAAAUAUCACAGAAUAGAGGACAAAAUGAGAAGAAUGAAAAAUCCUUCAACAAAAGUUGAUCAAGGCAAAAUACGAGUUUAACAAUAAAAGUAAUGCAUAAUUUUAAAUAAAUAGGAAAAAUAAAAAUGUGUAAGAAUGUGUUAGCUAAGGAAAAAUAAAAAUAAUUUUAGGGAUUAAGUGUGAGCAGUACAGUGCGUGGCGAAAGUAUGAGCGUCCAAGUAAUUGAAUACUUUAAAAUAUAUAUGUCUCAAUUAUUCUCCGCAAUAAUCUUUUUAAAAAAAAAUAGUUGCUUUUAUAAAAUAAUAGAGCGUUAUCAGUUGAACGUAAAUUUCAACUCAAUUUCUCUUCUUUUUUUUUGGCUUAUUCCUAUCAAUACUUUCGCCAUGUACUGUAAAACUGUCUCGCAAAUCUGUUUAAACUAAAAUAUGUCUUCUUUUUAUAAACUUUUGUUGUUCGUUGAGCAUGCAUCAAAUAAUGUAAAAUUGUAAUUAGUUAAACUUGAAUAAUGUUACAGAUAAGAAAUCACAUAAACGCAAACCAAAAAAGCACUUAAUUUAAAAUUAAACAAAAAAAAAAACAAGUAACGGAAGGAGAGAAAACAAAUCAAAUUAAGAAAUUAAAACUUGGUGACUGUUGGAAAAGUCUUAAAACUAACAAAAACAUAUCGUACAUUUAUAUGAAUUGCCAAAGUCUAAUGGGUAUUAACUAAAAGCGAGUGAGUGCUUCUGUGUGUGUUUGAUCCUUCCUGCAAAAACUAAUAACAUUCCGGGUUCGACUUAGCCAACAUCCAGCGAAAAUGAAAACAGUUUAGUUAGCCUAAUGUUAGAAACAAUAGUAAAGAUCAAAAGAGCAUGAGUAAUGAAAACAAAUUUAAACAAUAGCAAAAUGAUUGUGAUGAAGCCUUAAUAACAAAUUUGAACGCCAUUCAAAAUUGAAAUUAAGUGAAAUGAAACAAAUCAAACGAAGUGAAGUGAAAUGGAUUUUAUUGUGUAAAUAGAAAUGCGCUUUGUCCAUGGUCUCCAUACUGUUUUCCCACUGUCCAUAAAUUCUGUCUGUAAAUAUGAUUAUGAGCUAACUAAAUUAAAGUUAAGAUGUCAGCAGCAGCAACAAAACAAAAAUCACAGAAUCGAGAUGAACAAAACAAAACAAAAUGCCAGAGCCAAUUUUAAUAGUAAGCGAAAAACAAUUGAAAAAAUAUUAAUUAUACAUUUAAUUAUCGAUGAGCGGACAUUCAAAUGCUAAUUGAGUACAAUUGUGAGCGUCUGAAUAUGUGAGUGCGUGUGCGAAUGCGAAUUUAAGCAUAGAUAAAAUACACACACAUAUAUAAAUUUGCAUUGUUGUCAACUGUAACUGUUUUUUAAGUCUUAUUUAAUAUCGACGCCAUUAACUGCAAUUAACUGAAAAAUUACUAAAAACAAAACACUUAAAAACAAUGCAAAAAUACUAAAAAAAACUAUAAAUUGAAUUACGGUUAAUUCGAAAAACAAAACAUAAAUGUGUGGUAAUUGUAAGUGUAAAUUAUUUGUGUAUUUAAAUAACAACUUUUAGAUGUAUAAAAAGGCAUAAACAUAAAAAACUAAAUGCAUUCGAAUCUAUACGAUAAACUCUAUGUGAAACCGUAAACAAUUCAAACCUAACAAGCUGCCACGUAAGCAAAUAGGAAUUAUUUACAACUCAACUCAAAUCAAAUGCCAUAAAGUAACUUCAACUGAAUUUAAAUGCCAGACGAAGAGGAGAAAUCUCUGUAAAUAUCUUUAAGCCUCAUUCAAUGUGCGAUCCAAAACCGAACGCAGAAUUGUGAAGUGCACGAGUGGAAAUUCAUUAAUA